UACAAUUGCGAUGAAGUAACUUGAUUAAUUCAGUUGGAAUUUGUGUAGUGACGAGUAAAAAUCAUCCAUAAAAAUGGCUCCAAUUGUGCUUUAUUAUUCACCAGUCAGUCCAUACUGUAGAUCCGUUUUGUUAUUAGCUCGCUAUCUAAAGCUCAAUGUUGACGUCAAGUAUAUGGACUUGCAAGAGAAAAAAGAGCAACUUACACCGGAAUUUUUGGCAAUAAAUCCACAACAUAGUGUUCCAACCAUCGAUGACAACGGUUUCAUUUUGUGGGAAUCGAGAGCCAUUCUUUCAUAUUUGAUUGAGUCAAAAGCACCGGAACUCGUACCGACGUCACCCAAAGAGAAGGCAAUCGUGAAUCAGAGACUUCAUUAUGAGCUAGGUGGACUGACUAAUAAAACAACUCAGAUUGUGUCACCAUUAUUUAGUGGCGAACGCGAGGAUGUCGAUCCGGAAAAAGUGAAAGAGCUCCACGAAAUUCUUUUUAUUAUCGACGAAAAUUACUUCCCUAAUGGAAAUGAAUGGAUAGCUGGUGAGAUUUUAACUGCUGCAGAUUUUGCUUUCGUCGCUUCAAUUUCAACGUUAGUUGGUUUUGGAGUGUCGCUUGACAAAUAUCCAAGAUUACAGGCGUGGCUAAAACGUUGUGAAGACAUCAUGCCAGAGUAUGAGGAAGUCAAUCAAAAGGGAGUUGAAAUGCUCUUACAAUUCUUCUCAGGAAAAUUCCCAGAAGGAAUUAAAGGAUUGCAUUAAAAAAAAUAUAUUUUUUUUUUGUCAUGACUAAAUUGUGUUAAGCAGUUUGUGUGAAGUGAUAAGAGGAGAAUGUAAUAAAAAUUGUGUUGGGUAUUUUG